GUGAGAGAGAGAGAAACAGGGACCAGGGAGACUUUUUUUUUUACUCUCUACCUGUGGAUGACUUCCUGAGCAACACAUCAGAAAAGCAGUUGUCUUUAUUAUUGGAUUACAAAACCAGGAUUUCUCUCUGGACUCAAGAUUUAUCAUGAAGCUCUUCCUGUUGACUGUGGCGACGCUGCUCCUGGUGGUGGCAGAGAGUACUGCAGAAAGAAUCCUGUCUAGAAGGACCAAGAGGGAGCUAGCCAAUCCGCUCCAUGUUGGAGGCAUCAGGGACCCGUUUGGCUCCUACUGCGAGAGGAGAGGAGGCUGCUGCCCCGGCAGAGACGACCUGUGCACGAUUCCCUACCUUGACACCAUCUGCUACUGCGACCUGUUCUGCAACCGCACCGUCUCCGAUUGCUGCCCCGACUUCUGGGGUCACUGUCUCGGCGUGGAGCCCCCUUUCAUAGGCACCUGUGAAAGAAAUGGAAACAAGUUCUUUUCAGGGCAAACAUACAAAGAGAACUGCAAUUUAUGUACAUGCGGGACCACAGGACGCUGGGAGUGCGAGCAGAAUGCCUGUCUAAUGGCGCCGGACAUCAUCCAUGCCGUUAACAGAGGAAACUAUGGGUGGAAGGCCGGUAACUACAGUCAGCUCUACGGCAUGACUCUGGACGAGGGCAUCCGGUACCGCCUGGGCACACAGAGACCCUCACGGACUAUUAUGAACAUGAAUGAGAUGCAGAUGAACAUGGAUCCUCAGAGUGACGGUCUGCCACUCUACUUCAACUCAACAGAGAAGUGGCCAGGAAAGAUUCACGAACCGCUGGACCAGGGCAACUGUGCUGCAUCCUGGGCUUUCUCAACUGCAGCUGUGGCAUCAGAUAGAAUCUCCAUCCAGUCAAUGGGUCACAUGACUCCUCAGCUGUCCCCACAAAAUCUAAUUUCCUGUGACACACGCAACCAGGGAGGCUGUGCUGGGGGGCGCAUUGAUGGAGCCUGGUGGUACCUCCGGCGUAGAGGAGUGGUGACAGAAGACUGUUAUCCAUACCAAUCCCAACAGCAAACACCAGUGGAGGUGGGCCGCUGCAUGAUGCAGAGUCGCUCGGUCGGCCGGGGGAAGAGGCAGGCCAUAGAGCGCUGCCCCAACACACACAACUACCACAACGACAUCUACCAGUCCACACCGCCCUACAGGCUCUCAUCCAAUGAAAAGGAGAUCAUGAAGGAGAUUAUGGAUAAUGGCCCUGUGCAAGCUAUUAUGGAGGUCCAUGAGGAUUUCUUUGUCUAUAAGAAUGGGAUCUACAAACACACUGACGUCAGCUUCACCAAACCUUCACAAUACCGCAAACACGGCACACACUCAAUUAGGAUCACCGGGUGGGGAGAGGACAGAAACUUUGAUGGGACAUAAAAAUAUUGGAUUGCUGCCAACUCCUGGGGAAAGAACUGGGGAGAGAACGGCUUCUUCCGUAUCGCUCGCGGUGACAAUGAGUGUGAGAUUGAAACAUUUGUGAUCGGUGUGUGGGGCAGGAUCACAAUGGAGGACAUGCACAACCAUCAUCACCACCAUCGUCGCCGACACAUUUAGAGACGCAACAGAUGUUAAAACCCCACAAAGACCUUUGUUUUUAAUCCCACCUAUCGAUGUGUUUUACCCCCAGAGGAAAACCACACCCACAGUCACUUCAGCACAUCCACUCACCCAUUAAGCUGGCUGGGACAUCCACACAAUCAACCCCAGAGCCCCUGAACACUCUCUUUUUAUACCUUACUUCACUCGUCUCCAUCUUUUCCCUCCUCACUCUCCCUGUAACUCAAGGUUUAUGGCACAAAAAAACUACGAUAAACUCAACUAAACUAAAGCUCUUUUCUGUUGCCUUACAAUUAGGCACAUCGGGUACCAACUGAUCCAAAGACCACAAUUCCCAGAAUCCUCAGCGUAACAACUGGUGAAACAUUCAUGUCAAAGUUGGCUGAUGACAGAUUGAGAACCUCAAUCUGAUCUUUUCUUCUUCUUUGUGCUUCUUUGUGCUUCUUUGUCAACCUGAACCUUUUAGUCUUUUCUAAAUCUAGAAUCCAGACAAACCCAAUUUCAGAGGGACAAUUUGGAAAAGAGGAAAUACGAGAGCCAGAUUAUCAGACAUCAGAGAGACACGCCCAGCCAAAGUGUGUAACAUGAUAAUAUAUCAUAGAUGACUUUACUGACAUUUACCUCUCAGCUAUACGGAGGCACAGUGUGGAUCAUUCUCUCAGUUUUAGGGAGGACACUUGUCCACUUGAGAGGACACUUGUAUGGACUUCGUAGCUGCAGGCGGUAGAGUUUCUCACACAUUCCAUUAACAGCGUAGAAUCUGACCCUGCAAACAGUAAAAGAUUUGAAGUGGAGUGUAACAAAGAACUCUGAUGUAGGAUUUUAAGAGGAUUUAAAGUGCCAGAGACUAUGACCUGUAUUUAAAAUGAGUCCCAACACCAUUGGACAUUUUAAAGCAAUUUAAUAAUGAAUCAGGCUUUAUCUUCGACAUGUUUGUACAGUCGGUACAUAAAAUUAAAUAUGUGGCCUGAAAAAAAAGAUUAAGAGGCUAAAAAGAUUGUAAUGCCUUAAAGAAACUGAGUUGUUUUGACCACUGCGAAAGAAAAAAAGUGUUUGUGUAUAGUAGUCUUAAUUUGCGCCAUUCUGUGUACACUGUUACAAUUUGAGCGAAAGAAGUUUUUUUUUUGUUGCAGUUAUAUUGUGAAGUUUUAUUUUACUACUUGUUUUUACCAUGUACUGUAUGUAGUAACUUUCAUAACACACUCAUCGCUUUUCUGCUUGUGCUUCUACAUAGUUGUAAUGUUUGACCACAGCGAGGAGGAUGAGGGGAGAAUACUGCUGCUAAAGUCCAGUCUGUGCUCCAGUAUUUGACUGCAGAGUCGAUAGUUUUAUAUGUAAUAAACAUGUAAAGUCACUUCUAACUUACGCAGAAACACUUCGAGUCACACAGGUUGCAGAUAAGCUGUUUGAUUUUAUGGUCUCGUUUCUUUUGUUCUCUGCUAGAAAACUGAACAUAUUCCAACUUAUCAGCUGUGUGCCUGUCUUUGCUACACCGCUUUAUGAUGUCUUUAUUUCAAUCAAACAGAUCUUCAGAUCUCUUUGGAGCACAGCUUGAAAAGGAAAAGCAUGGUGUGUUAUUACCACUUACCUUAAAUUACAUCCCGGUGGGGUUCAGCCGUAACUUCAAAAGGCUUUUUCCAUUUCUAUAGCAUCACGUCUUGUGAUCUUUAAGGUCCCUUUAUCUAACUCCUUCAGGCAUAGAUAAGCAGAUAAACGCAAAGAGAAAAGUCUGGAUGGACAGGCAAUGUGCAAUGUUGUGGAUAGAUAAGCAGUUAUUGUGUAUCUCUCAUGCAAUGUACUGAAUCUUUGCUUUCAUUCUGAAGUGAGCGAGGACAGGGGAAGAAGACGAGCAGCCCGUCAACAUUAGAUGCACCACAGGUUUACAAUAAAUGGCACCAAGGACAAUGUGAAACUGAGCUCUUUGGCCUAGAGAGAGAUUAUGUCAAUCUUCUGUCGGCAGAAAGAAGCAGAUUUCUUCUUUUAUAUAUUUUCAUCUGUGGGCAUGUUGCUAUAGCUCCUUUACAAGAGAGAAAAAGAUCGAAGGACUAAACUUAAGUCGCUAGAACGUUUUGCAGUCCUCACUGAAAAUGCACAGUAUUGUUUCUUUCAUUACAAUUUGUUCCCACCAGACGUUGGGAAUCCCUUAAUAUUAAUUUAUAGAAGACAUUUCAUGCAUGAGUUUUGUACUUGUGUUACAAACACUGGUGCGUAUCUGAGAAAUGACAGUUGUCAUGCAGAAGGAAGUAUUGGAAUCUGACCACAGCUAAUAGAAACAUGUUAUUGUCAGUGUCCAUUUAUUUAGCUAACAGUACGUUGGAUUAAUGUUCAUUCCGGUUCACUGUUAGUUUGGACCUAAGAGCUAUAUAUGACACUGAAUAUGUCAAAGAGGGAUACAAAAACAAAACGACCCACGUGCCACAUUAAUUAGGAUUAUUUUGUAUUUGAGAUGGGACCAAUACUAACUAUAUUACUGAAGAUUCUCUGCAACACACACAUCUAUUCCAUAGAAACGUAUCUUAUUUUCAGCAAUAGUUUUCGCCAACAACCCAACCUCUCCUCCAAAAAACCAAGGAGCUGCAGCUGCAUCCACUCAGAAGUUGUGUAUUUUACAUAAAAUCAACCACUCCAUAUUCACAGAUGCGUAGACUUUAUUUAUGACAAGAUGUGUAAAUUAUAUACUUUUAUUCCUUGUUUUCCUGUGCAAUGUUGUAUUAUCUCUUUGUCUCUUUGUAUUGUGUACAUCAAAUGCAAUACCACGUUAGUGUUCACUUGUGCGGCACAAUAAAGUCUUUCCCAAAACCA